AUGAAAGAAGUUAAGCGUAACGAUCAGAGUUCAAGGCAUAAUCAUUUGGGGCGGUUCAAAAGGACAGACAAAGGUCAUAACAAAUUUACUGUCAGCUACACAGCUAGUGAGAAGAUAGCUGAAGACGAUAACAACCCUCCAAACAUGUACAACGAAAGUUUCAGCAAAGAAAAUGAGAGAGGAGAACGCUACACCACGGAAACGUUGACAAAGAAGGAACAAUUUAACAUUUUAUACGAUAACAGGGAUUUUAUGGAUUCCUAUGACCAGUUUGCGGAUGAUGACGAGAUCAAAGAGAGUGACAAUCCGCUCUAUUGCAGCAGCAUCGAAACUGGACAAGACGAAAAAGAGAACAUUUUGUACGAAAGCAUGGAUGAUGUUUUAAAAAGUGUAGAAGAGGCUGAAUGCAUCAAUCCGGUGUAUGAAGGGUCAGUGUUGCAGUUCUAA